AUGAAUGCAGUGCUGCUGUCUCUUGUAAUGAUCUCCUGUCUUGCCAAAGGAAUGGCCAACAGGGUCUACGUCCAUCCCUUCUCCCUCUUCAGCUUUGACAACAUUAGCUGUGAGGUCAUCCAAAGUAAGGACCCUAAACCUCUGGAGACUAUCGACCAUCUGACUCCCCUCCAAGACAGCAUUCAGCCGGACCCUCGACCUGGCACUGGCCCUGAAAUCUUGAAGAAUCUCACCCAGCGGACCGCUGUGCUGGCAGAACUGCAGAACUUUCUGGGCCUGAGGAUGUAUCAGAACCUCAGCCGCAAGCAAGAGCAUGCCAAUGUCCUGCUCUCUCCUUACAAUGCCUUUGGUGCCCUCGUGACUUUGCACCUUGGGGCAUCUAAAAAAACGGCUGUUCACUAUCAAGCGUUGCUUGGACUCAACUGGGACUCUGGUAAAACCGAUUGUGUUUACCUCAUAGAUGCCCACACAGUGUUGCGCACGCUUCAGGCCAUCAACUCGCUAAUAGACGGCCCUCGAGAUGAGCUCAGGACCCUGGUUUGGACCUUUGUACGCAGCGAUGCGGACCUCUCCAAAGACUUUGUGCGUGGGAUGCAGGAGUUUUCAGAUGCUUCUUUCGUUCGAGCGGUGGACUUCUCUCAGCCCAAAGAGGCCGAGGCUCAGGUCAACUCCUUCAUCCAGAAAACAUCAGACAGCAAGAUCAAGAGCCUCUUUACAGAUAUCAACCAGACAACAGACCUACUGUUUGCAAGCUCUGUACAUUUUAAAGGCAACUGGGGAACUGCUUUUCAGCCAGAGGUGACUACCAUGCAAGACUUCAAGGUGGAUGAGACGUCCACUGUAAAAGUACCUCUAAUGACACACACUGGUAACUACAUGCAUCUCAAUGACCCCGGCAGGAAGUGCUCUGUAGUAAAACUCAGCCUUAGCAAGCGGACUUACAUGCUUCUAGUGCUUCCACAUGAGGGAGCCAGACUGCAAGACAUUGAAAAUCAACUGCUGACUAACGUCAUAUCUACAUGGAAUAAUCAUCUAAAGAAGCGAUACCUGGAACUGUCCCUGCCAAAAUUCUCAAUGACAGCUGUGACUGACCUGAGAUCAGUGCUAUCUGACAUGGCUGUUGAAAAAUACCUGCUGGGCUCUGAUGCCAGCUUUGAGAGACUCAGCAGGAAGAAGAAUUUCACAGUUGAUAAGGUGUUCAACAAGGUGAUUUUUGAGAUGACAGAAGAAGGAGCAAAGGUUCAGAACAAGUCUGAGGAUGAUGAGAGAGUUCCCCUCAAAGUCACCGUCAACAGACCCUUCUUUUUUGCCAUUGUAGAAGGCAACUCCAACGCCAUACUGAUGCUCGGAAAGAUAAGGAAUCCAACUGUGUAAAGUAAAUCACAGCUGCAACGUAUUUAUGAAAAAUAUGGCUGCUUUUUAUGUUUAAUAUCUGCUUUAAACUCCUUACAAUCAAAUAGGAGGUAGGGGUGGGCGAUAUAGCAGAAAUAUAACAUGCUACUUUUUCUUUCAUUACAUUUGUAAGUUGGAACAGACGAUAAAGCCAGAGUAGCGUCACACCGAUGCUUUUCACAAGAAGUGGCGCUCGGCAUGGUUUGGAUAUCACGUUCAGGACACCCGCGAAUGUAGAAGGUUGUCUCGUGUGUUUGUGUGGCAGGAGUUUACAGAUUACAGUACUUAAAAUAAUUUGCUUACUUGUGGGUUUUUCAGUGUGGUACACCUGCCUAAAGUAUUCCUUUAGAAGUGACAAUGUAAGGAUUGUAUAUUUUGCAGUACCAACGAGUUUCUGUUUGACGUUAAAUGCUCUGUACAGCAAAAUUGUUUAAUUAAAAGUCCGAGAACCUCUUUUCAAA